UUGCAAGCUUCAUGCUUAUUUGUGUUUUCUUUCCGCACUUGUCUCUAAAUCAAGGCAGCCAAUGUUCAUUUUCUCUAUAAGAAUUUCUAUGCCAUGAAACAAGUAAUUUUCCUCUGUGGGCUACCCCUUAUCCAUCGCUAUAGGGUGCAGAAUAUAUGUCAGUCCGUGAGAUACGGAUCUGGAAACGGACGGAUGGCAGACAGACACCAGCCAUCUUGAUUGAUAAAAAUUCAGUCGAUUGCUCUCUUUUGCUUCAAAAUGGCGGUAUUGCUACACUGGAUUCCGAUUCAGCAGAAGUGGAGAGGAGGGGAUACACCAAAAUUUUGGAUUCCUAUGGCCUAGUGGGUAUCUUGCGAAUAGGCCAAGAUGAACAAGUCCUAGUCGCUGUGACGGGAGUGAUGUCUGUUGGCCAGUUACAUGGAGCUGAUAUUGUCAAAAUAAUCUCAUGUACAUUUAUUUCACUUCGAACAGUGGGGCCUGUCGAAAGUACUGAUCUUCGCAUUCUUGAACUAGUGCGCUUUCUUUCCUCGGGCAUGUUUUAUUAUUCUUCUAACCCCAAAUUUGACAUCACAUUGAGCGCUCAGCGACGUUCAGCUGAUACCGGAAGCGAUCCACGAUUUUUCUGGAAUCGAAGUCUGCAUUUUCCCUUCGAACGGUUCGGGAUUGAUACCUCGCAAUGGUUACUGAAAUGCAUGGCAGGUUCCGUGCUGGUAAGAACUGUAUAUGUUGGACAUCGUACGGGUAAAGUCGCCAUAUUGUCGCGACUUAGUUGCGAGCGAGUUGGCACCCGCUUCAACGUUCGAGGAGCAAACUCCCAGGGUUGUGUUGCGAAUUUUGUCGAAACUGAGCAGGUAAUAAUUUUUGACGAGUGCGAAUGCUCUGUGGUGCUAGUGCGCGGGUCCGUGCCGCUGUUCUGGGAGCAGCCUGGAGUGCAAGUUGGCUCUCACAAAGUGAAAGUUAGAGCAUUUGAAGCGAGCGCCUCAGCUUAUCACAGGCACUUCUUGCGGCUAACAUCUAUGUAUGGAAAAACUACUGUUGUGAAUCUAUUAGGGAGUAAAGAGGGUGAACGGGCUUUGACGGAUGCAUUUAGGACGCAACACAAGAGCUCCAAAUUUGCCGAUACUGUGGAAUUUAUUGAUUUUGAUUAUCACUCACAAAUGAAAAUCUCUAAGGAAUCGCUAGUCAGACUAAUAAAGAGACUUGCAUCCUUCAUCCAGACAUCAUCGUUUUACUUGUAUAAGGAUGGAAAUGUGAAAAGCGAACAAUGCGGUGUUUUACGGGUUAAUUGCUUAGAUUGCCUAGAUCGAACCAAUUCGGUACAGACAGCUGUCGGUUUAUUGAUAGCGCGAGAUCAAGUUGCUUCGCUCAACCUGGAAUCUGGCAAAGUGAAUGUUGCCCAGCGAAUUGAGGAGAUCCUACGAGAUCUCUGGCAGAAGAAUGGUGAUCUUUGUAGUAACAUUUAUGCUGGAACUGGAGCACUAGAAGGAAAGAGCAAGUUCAAAGAUGCAUCACGGUCCAUUGCUCGGACUAUACAAAAUAACCUUAUGGAUAGUUCAAAACAGGAGUCAUUUGAUCUCUUUCUCAGAGGAGCCUGGUACGAUAAACGAAGUUUUGAUAGAGUUGCUAAUUUGUUACCGCUUCCUAUUCUACGAGAAUGUGAAGAUGCUGUGGAACAUGUGCUCAGCCGAAGGAGUGAAGUGACUACGGCGAAUCCCAUGAAAAUUUUUAUUGGCACAUGGAAUGUGAAUGGUGGCAAAAAUAUGUAUAACAUUGCCUUCCGUAAUCAGUCUAAUAUGGCAGACUGGAUUUUCCCAAAUGGGACCUUAGUUUCUGUGGAUAACAUCGAUGAUUCUACAGAAAUUGUAGCUAUCGGUGUCGAAGAAUUAGUGGAUCUCAAUGCAUCAAAUCUCAUGAAAGCUAGCACAACAAAUCAACGCUUAUGGCUGGAAGGAAUCCGACGGGUACUUCACGAACAUGGCUCUUAUGUACUUCUUGUUGUUGAACAGUUGGUCGGCGUAUGCUUAUUUAUUUUUGCACGAUCACAUUUGGCUCCUUUUAUAAAGGAUUUUGCUGUUACUUCUAUAAAAACGGGUAUGGGAGGAACAACCGGCAAUAAGGGUUCCGUUGCUUUUCGAAUGGUUGUACAUUCGACGAGUAUGUGUUUUGUGUGUUCUCAUUUUGCUGCCGGUCAAAAUGAGGUUCGAGAUCGUAAUGAAGAUUUCACUUCUGCGUUGAGACGGAUCAAAUUCCCUCAUGGGAAGGACAUAGAAUCUCACGAUGUAAUUUUCUGGUUUGGCGAUUUCAAUUACAGAAUAAACUUGAGCGGAGAUGAUGUGAAGAAAGCUGUACAUUCUCUAGAUCUCACACCGCUUUGGCAAUUUGAUCAGCUAACUCAACAAAGAGCUCAAGGCAUGGUUUUUGAUGGAUUCUGCGAAGGUCCACUUACAUUUCCGCCCACUUACAAAUACGAUACCUUUUCGGAUGACUACGACACGAGUGAAAAAUGUCGUACACCUGCAUGGACGGACAGAAUAUUGUGGAAAGAACAUCGAAACCCGGCUGAAGUGAAAUUGAUAAGGUACUUCCGUUCUGAGCUGAAAACGUCGGAUCAUCGUCCAGUUGGAGCGCUCUUUUCUGUCAAUGUGUAUCGUGUGGAUAAAAGCAAAUGUGUGGAUUUGGUGGAGGACAUAGUCGCAUGUCUUGGACCACCAGACAGUACGAUAAUAUGCUCUCUGGAAGGUACGAAGCGAUUUCCAGCCCAGCUGUUCUCACAAGUUGCUGGGAAACUUAAGGAAAUUCCGGCGCAAAUCCGACUUAGCAAGUUCGAAGACGGAGAGCUUCAUAUUGUUUUAGAGAAUGGCGAAGCUGCAUUGGCAGCUUUGAGUAUGGAUGGUAUAAAGCUCGAGGGUCAUACUUUAUCAGUAAGACUGAAAUCUCCUGAAUGGACAGAAGCCCUUCAACCCAAACUGACCAAAUUCUCGAACAGCCUUGCUUCAGAGGAUGCAGUAUCACUGCAUGAGUCCGAUUUCAACAUGACGAAUGGAGAAGAGUUUGAAAUUGACGAUGAAGAGGACGCAAUGUCUACAUUGGGCGCUCCCAUCUCUGACAGAUCUAAUUCCGGUUCCGGAAGAAGCACACCGAUUGAAGAAUUUGCAACAAAAUACACAACAGCACCAGUGCAAUCUUCAUACGCAGCUACUAGUCCUACUCCUAUUAGGCAAGCCCCACCUGUUCCCACAUUACCCAGCAGGCCACAAAUUCCUAUAAUUCCUCCUCGGCCUAAGGGCUAUAAUGGCUGAAUUGUAGUCAGAUAUAGCUUUAAGAUAGAUUAUAUGCUUUUAUCAGGGUUUACUUUGCAUCACUUCUUUAAUCUUCCACAUUCCGCAUUAUGUGACUUAAUGUAACUUGAUGUACAUUCUUCAUGCAUUGAUUAAUUAUUUAUUUUUGGUAGAUUUUUACUUACUCAGUGACUGUAAUUAGUAUUUUUUACAGAUUGAAUUAAUGAGCAUUUGAGGGGCA